UUCUUUAUAAAACUGUUUAUGAUUAUAUAACCUUUUUUUUUUCACAAUGAGGCUUAUACAGUUACCAAAGGAACUGAUAAAAAACGUAGCUCAAUAUUUAUCGAGAGAAUACAUAGCACAGCUCUGUCUGACAUGUAAAUUGGGCUAUCAGAUAUUCCUACCCAUUCUCUAUAAACACAUCGUUUUGGGGCAUCGUAUACAAAUAAGGCAACUAGAGCAAGGAUUCAAAAGAAAUAGUUACCUAAGGCAAGUAGCCAGGCAGAAUACACAAGCAGUCACCCUAAAGUGUCGACAAGGGGGAAAUGAUCACUAUUGGAAGCUUAUAUUUUCACAAUUACCUAAAGCUCGCCAGUUGUACAUUCGGGAUUAUAUGGCACUAUCUGUAAAUAAAAUCCAGCACAUCCUAUCCACCUUACCUCAAGUAAACCUAUUAGACAUCCAGUACUGUGAACUCGUGCAAUCACAAGAUGAAGAAGACAGCAACACGAUAUUUGAUCACAUCACCAACUUAAACUUGAUGUGGACCGAUUUUACCGUAGAGGCUAUCGAGCGGUUAUUCCGAUGUGUUCCCAAUCUCAUCAAUAUCAAUCUUGGUGCAAACCAUAAUAGAAAGCCAUUAUCAAAUGAUACUGCACUUCAGAUCAUGCAAACAUCUUGUUUACGUAUCAGACAACUCUCUGUCUCACUGCAACAAGUGAAAGAAGCAACGCUCUGUCAGGCAGUGAUGACUUAUGGACCUCAGCUCGAGCAGUUGUCCAUUCGAUGUGAAGGCAGUAAGACCAUCAAGACUAUUUCACAACACGCUACACACCUACAACGACUUGUCAUCCGGCACUCAGGCUGUAAUUAUAAUGAUGUAACUAAUAUACUCAAAGAGUGUGAAUCUCUUAAUCAUUUAGAGAUGGUGAGUUGGCCAGUUCAAGAGGUACCCACUGUUGUCCUACACAGAGUGCACUACCAAACACACACAGACAUUCAGGGGAUUAGAAAAACAUUUGCAUUAAAUGAAAGUGAUUUACAGGAAAUACGUCGAUUAUGUUUAUACCAGGAUGAAACGUCAUCUUUAUCAUAACAAUCACUUAAUAAAUAUCUCGUUGCAUUGUAAUUUACACUCUAUUGGUCACAUGACCUGUAUUUUGCUGUUAAUGCUGUGUGUCUAUUUUUUUUUUUUUUUU